UAUGGUUUGGGACAGAAUAGGUGUUUACGUGCUCUAUAUAGUAACACUGCUGAUGUGUCGUUCUGAGCGAUUCGGCUCUUUGAUCUGGCUCUUUUUAGCUCAACACUGAGAGUCGACUCGAAUAUAUUUAGUUAGAUUUACGUCAUAUCCUUACUCUUGCUGUUGAUUUAAUGUUCGAAAUGAUUCCAUGGAAACGUUUUUGUUUUUAAAACAUCCGAACUGUUUCUUUGGCGUGAACAAAUUCAUGUUCUGUGACCUUGUCAUCCUGAUCACGGUGUCGGAAUCGGAGUCGCGGUGAUUGAAUCAUUUCUCUCGACUGUCUCCUUCGCCUCAAAUCGCGAUGAUCCGUUUUCAUGUCGAAAGAAUCGACGCUCAUUGGACACUCGGAUAAACCCUCAGGUGCGGAAAAGGCGCUCGUGUCAUUAACUCGAGUGUGAUUUGGGCUGGUGUGUGUGCGUGUGCGCGCGCGUGUGUGGGGAGAAGAAGAAGAAUAAGAAGAUGAGGCUGCCGGACUGCAGAAAGCGGCGCGGGAUGGAUGGAGAGGUUGGAGAAAAGGAGCUGGCUCUCCCUUUAAAGAACCCGUUUGUGCACGAGUUGAGGUUUACACUGUUUCAGAAGCUCAAGCUGUUUGUGAUGACGCUGACCCUGUUCCCCGUGCGCCUCUUCUUCGCUGCGUUCAUGAUGCUGUUGGCGUGGCCCUUCGCCUUCAUCGCCACCCUAGGACGCAGUGAGAGCAGCGUAGAACACCAGUGCUUCUGGAGGAGGGUGGUGGACGUCGUCCUGCGUUGCAUCAUGCGGGCCAUGUGGUUCGCAGGCGGCUUCCACUGGAUCCGGGUCAAAGGUCGCCGCGCCCUGCCCGCCGAGGCACCCAUCCUCACCCUCGCCCCACACUCGUCUUACUUCGACGCCAUGCCUGUUACCAUGACGAUGGCCUCCAUAGUCAUGAAAGCUGAGAGCAAGGACAUACCGCUGUGGGGGACUCUGAUUAAGUACAUCCGGCCCGUGUUUGUGUCGAGGUCGGAUCAGGACUCGCGCCGGAAAACCGUAGAGGAGAUCAAACGCAGGGCUCACUCCGAAGGGGUGUGGCCUCAGAUAAUGAUCUUUCCUGAGGGGACGUGCACGAACAGGUCCUGUCUGAUCACGUUUAAACCAGGUGCUUUUAUCCCAGCAGUGCCCGUACAGCCGGUUGUCAUUCGCUACCCCAAUCAGCAGCUGGACACCAUCACUUGGACGUGGCAGGGUCCCGGAGCGUUUAAGAUCCUGUGGCUCACCCUGUGCCAACUCCAUAAUGAGUUUGAGAUUGAGUUCCUACCGGUGUACACCCCUACCAAGGAGGAGACGAGGAACCCACAGCUGUUUGCUCAGAACGUGCGCCGCAUCAUGGCCACAGCGUUGCAGGUCCCCGUGACCGAUUACUCAUUUGAGGAUUGUCAGUUGGCCAUGGCGGAGGGACAGCUCAGACUGCCGGUGGACACGAGUUUGCUGGAGUUCGCCCGACUCGUCCGGAGAAUGGGGCUGAAGCGGGAGGACAGCGAGAUUGAGGAUUACAGUCGGCGUGCGCGGGAGCUGCAGGGAAUAAAGCAGAACGCGGAGCAGUUCGCUCGCUUCCUGGAGCAGCCGCUGUCCGACGUCCUGCGGGACAUGUUCGCCCUGUUCGACGAGCCUGAUGAGGGUUUGAUGGACGUGCGCGAGUUUGUCAUCGCCUUCUCCGUAGUGUGCAGACCCACCAAAACGCUGGAGACCAUCAAGCUCGCCUUUACGAUGUUCGAGGCGGAGCAGAACGGAGGAGUAACGGAGGAGGAGCUGGAGUGUAUCCUGCACACCGCCCUGGGAGUGACGGAGCUCCGGGUGUCGCGGCUGUUCCGCGCCGUCGACGUGGCGAACAGCGGAAAAGUGACGUUCGAGAUGUUCCAGAGUUUUGCCGAGCAGCAGCCUGAUUUCGCCGAGGAGUUUCUGUACGCCGAGAACACGGGCUUCUUCAGCAACUUCCUGUCCUCCGGCGUCGCCUCGAACGGCUUCUGCGCCGACUUCUCCCCCACCGAGCGGCAGAAGAAGGCCAACUGAAGAACGUCGGGUCCUAGACGAGUUUACUCGUGAUGCUUAUAUUCUUUUAUUGCUCAUUUUUUUUCCUGCUGCCUGUCCUUCCACUCCCCCCUCUUUUUUUUUUUUUUUUUUUUUUCCCCCCAUUUCUUCUGAUGGAAGGGUUACGAUUCAUUACAUCCGACGACCAAUGAAAAACAGGAGGCGGGGUUUGAGACAGCUACACGUUUUCUUACGAAUUUAAAACAUGUUUAUCGUUUAGAAAGAGAAAUACAAACAAUUGAAAAUAUUCAGUUUUGAGCCAGUAGCUAGCUUAAGUCAUGUUGCUUAAAAAUUUUUUCUAGUAAACGCGUUUUUUUGUUUUUCUCGAAUACUUUUAUAGCUAGCAUUUCAGCUAGUUCUUGCAAGCAACAAAUCAAAAUCCUUUCAUACUUGAGAAGAACUUUUGUUUUUUUGUUUAUUAAAACUCUUCCAUGAGCUUCUUUUUCCUCGGUCAGUUCUUGAACUUUUUUCGGGGUCUUUUUUUUGAGAAAGGGGCGGCGUAUUUUUUUUUUCUUUUUUUUUUUUUUCUUUCUGCGACCCGAACGAUGCUGAUUUCCGAUCACGCUUUACUUGAAAUCCGAGCACUUGUUUAGUUUUCACGUUUGAAAUGCUGGAACUGAGAAUAAAACAAAAAAAAGUCUAGGUCAAAUCAAACAUUUUAAAAAUAUAUAUAUAUAUAUAUAUAAAACUGUAGAUGCCUUUCUUUAGUGUGCAUGGGUUUGAUGCUUGCGAUCACAGUAUCACAUUGGGGGGUUUUUUUUUUUUUUUUUACUCGGAUAUGAAUGCACCGGUGAUUAACAUCUGAUUCAUCAGAUCUGAGGUGCGGAACGAUCCGACUGGUCUGAUUUCAACUGAGCCUGUAUGAUAUAUUAUUUAGUUUGUUUGGUUUUUUUUUUUUAAACUGUUCUUUCUAGAGUCUUGUUUGUUUUUGAAGCUCAGGGUUUUGGUCAGAAGUUCAAGUUUAUAGGCGUGUCUCUUGCAUGUCGCCAAACGAUGAAUUUUUCAUUAUGAACUUGUGCCAAUAUUCGUUUCAUAUCACAAUAGUGUCUGACAAUAUUAUCAUGAUGAUGUCGCCGUUUUCUCGUUUGAGUACACGAUAACGAUGAUCUUAACGAGCGUGUAAUCACAUAUCAGCACGAACCUACUUAAGAACAAUUGGAAGUAACCUACAAGCAUUUAAAAAAAAAAACAAAAAAAACACAACAAAAAGCUGUCUAAUGGUUUUUUUUUUAUUAUUUUUUUUUUUAAGAUUAGUGGUGAAAGUGUAAAACUGCGAUAUAGCGACCAAACCUUUCACUGUAUUAAAUUUCCAGACGUUCCGAUAACUUUUUAGCGUUGUUUGUUUAAACGGUGCUAAAUUUUCACCUGUCUUUUUUUUUUUUUUUUUUUUUAACUUUUUUUAUUGUAUGUUGUAGAGCUAACGCUAGCUAGCAGGAUUGCUAGCAUCCGCAACAUGUGUUCACGCUAAAUUUAGCAUUUAAAUAGCACUUGUGACGACCUACAAACACGAGUACGUGAUCUUUCCACAAUGUAUCACUUCUUUCACUUCUCGUAAACGGUCACACCACAAUUUAGCGUAAAUGUCAAACGUAAAAUCGGUUUUAAUCGACCGAAAGGAAAUCAUUUGGCACGGCAGCCAUGUAAUAUUAAAUUGUAGAACUUUGUGUAAAUUUAGUCAAAAAAAAAAUAAAUAAACGUGUAUUAUAGUAGCUUGCCUUUUUUUUUUUUUUUUUUUUUUUUUCACGAUUUGUUUACUUGCGAUAUUAUUGGCUAUGUAAACAGCUACGAGACAAACAUCCGCACGCAUGUAGAUCUAUAUUUUUCGAGGAUACUGUGCGUUUUAAAUGCGUUUCUCAAAGUCCUACUGAUUUCAAAUGCCGUAACGGGAGAGAUUGUCGCGCUACGUCAACAGAAUCGCGGUAUCGUAGCCUUUAUAUACAAGGUCGUGAUAAUAUGGUAAAACUGUGAUCAAUUAUCGUGAUAGGAAAUGAAAAUAUUGGCACACGUCUUCACGUCGCGGUGUGCGCGAGUCCAGCCGGAGUCCGGUAUUCAACCUUUUCGUGUUCAGCCUGGAGACCAAAAAAAAAAAACCAUUUCACGUUCGUUACGAAAAACGUCUCGUUCUUUCUUUUCCGUCACUUUCCGGAAAGCCGAUUUAACCCAAAAACUCCGCGUGCCUCGGGAACGAUGUUCAGAAUGUUUAUUUCUGAUUUGAAACACGGAGGCUUCUAGCAAAACCGAGGUCAUGCUUCAACUCCAUUUCAGAGCAAAGGGAACUUUUAUCAUGGUUUUUUAUCUCAGUAAUUACAAUAUCAUUUCAAGAAUUCAUGUAAAGGCCCCCCCCCUUUUUCCAAAAUAACAACACUAACUUGAAAACAACCUUUAAUUGAGAAAUAAAUAGGUUAUGAGGCAAUUAUUAUUCAAAAAUUUUUUUAAAGAUAACAUCGAUUGUAUUUUCGCUUCUCCUUUUCACUUUGCUGUUUUUUUUAAAGCACGCGAAUGCUGACAUUGAUUUCGUUUCAUUUUCUGGACCAGAAACUUCAAAGUGCUGAAAAUGUUUCCCUUCAUUUUUUUUUUAUUUCUUUAAUUUAUUUUUCACUUCCUUGUUGUGUGGUUUUUUUUUUUGUUUUUUUUUUUGUUUUUUUUUUAAUACCCCACCCCCCGUCAUAUAACGGAGGGUUAUUUAGAAUUUGCAUGACACACGAGGUAGAACUUUUUUAUUUUUGUACUUUGUUUUUGUUUUUUUUUUUUUAAAUAAGUGCUGGAUUAUUUUAAAGAAGUCCUGUCGUCACUGUGGAGUGUGUUUUUAAUUUUUUUUUUGUUUUGUUUUGUUUUGUUUUUGUUUUUUCGUCCCCUCCCUGAAGGGAUCGUUACAGGUCUGUACAUUUUUCUACAUUCGAACAAUCAUAAUGUACUGUAACAGGUGUUUAUUUUGCUAUUGAAACAAAGUGGCUAAAAUGACCGUAUACCUUUUUAUAUACACGUCACGCUGACUGGAAGUAAUAUUUCAUAGAUUUAUUAUUAUAUUUUUUUUUUAUUAUUAUUAUUUUAUUUGAUUUUUUUGGGAAAUAUUUGUGACCAGACUCUGUUUUUAUACAAAUUUGCCACCGCGCACGAAUUAAAAGUAGGAAUGCGUGCCGAUCGCGUAAUCGAUCAUACGAUGUACCGCGACGCUCGACUCGUGAGCUCUCUCUCGACGACCGCGUCACGGCGGCUUUUUAUUCACGUCCGUCCUCUGGGACAAAUUUCAAGACGUUCGGCGCAGGUGAAGAUUGAACUCCUCGCUCAGACUGAGGGAUUAUUUAUAAAUGUAGAGCAGCUUCCAUUUGUUUUUGUUUUUUUACACGGAGUAUUGAUGUAACUCGCACUCUAAAUAUUGACUAAAAGUUAUGGUUUUAAUUAUUUUAAUCAUCAUUUCACGAUGGCCGAUUGGUGUCAGGUCAAAUAUCGAUUGGAAGGAGGAGGCUGUCUCCUGCUAUGUAGGCACCAUUUUUGAGCAAGUUUUGCUUUACUGAGAGAAAAGUUCCUCUUAUUUGUAAGUGUAUUGCGAUAUAUACAUUUUGCAUUAUAUAUAUAUAUAUAUAUAUAUAUAUUUUCACGUACCACUCUGCUGGAGAGCAGGAUUAUGAGAUGGCCUUCAUGGAAAUGUCCCACAAUGAGGAUCGUUGCCUGCCUUAUUAUUUUCGUAUAAACGAUUAUCCAUGAACACCUUUGUGAAAUUUGGACGUUUAUUUCUACUGCCAUGGAGAUGUGCAAUCAGAUUGUACCUCUGUAUGCUGUAUUCCUUCAUAACGCAGACUACUUCUUCUUCCUCUUAUUAUUAUUAUUAUUAUUAUUAUUAUGAUGAUGAUGAUUGUGGUAAUUUAAUAUUUUUAGUCAAAUCGGGUAACAAGUUUCGGCCCCCCCUCCCCCCAUCACAAGUUAUGAAGUGAAUGUACAGACAAUCCGUCACUCCAGUCCGUCCUCGACGUGCUUUUCUUCCAAACGUAUGACAGGACGGAAACGCACCUCGCGGAGAGUUGACGCUCGUCAUUCCUUAGCGCACUUUAGACUUUUUUUAUUUUAUUUUUAUUUUAUUUUAAAGGUUUGUUUCAUUUCAGUCUCUUCAUUCCUCUGACUGGAACGAAUUGUGUAAUGGUGCGCGAUGACGGUUGCCAGUGUGAAGACCGUGGUAUUCCCCGCCCCCGUUCCCCUUACAAGAGGACUCGGUUUGAGUUAGCUACGUCCUCCUCUACGUAGCCGCUGCAGCGUGUAUUUUGUUUACUGUUCCGAAUUUAUAGCGUGACGGUAGGUUAAUUUACCGCACGUGUGGAUUGUUGACUUGGGAAAUUCGAUCACGCGGUUUAUCAAGCGCUUAUUUGGUCGAUGAUGCCGCUUUUUACAAACAAUCGUGACCAAAAAGUUGGAAGUAAUACUUACCUGCUUCAAUGUCGUUCCAUUUUAAAAGUUAAUAAAGUUUUAUUAGCGUCGAUUAUUUUUAAUUGCCAACCUUGUUUGUUUGUUUGUUUGUUUGUUUUUUUCUUCCAAAUUUGUCCAAAGACGAUUUAAUAAAUCAACAUGUUAAAGUACUAAGAAAUAAAAAGUCCGGUUGGUCGGUUGCACUGUCGCCGUCGGCUUAUUUAACUGCACGAUGACGCACGAUGGCGAUCUUGCGUUGCUGCCUUUCAUUUUUAUUGAUUUUUUUUUAAACCCAACUUGGCGAGCGUGUCGUGUUUUUGGGAAUCGCCAGCGUCUUCACACGGCUCCCUGUAAAGCGCAGAGUGAGACUUUGUACAGAUUUCUGAACACGUUUUGCGGAAUGUUUUACGAAUAUUAGAAAAUCGUCUUCACUGCCAGUUUUGUCACGUGACCGAUGAGCAGAUUAACACCGUCGAAACCGAACAAAACCCAUGCGAGGAGAUGAUCAGGACCCGGAGCCCUGAGGGACACGCACUGCCUGUUUUUAUCACCGUUUUCCACUCCUCACCGAGAGUUCCGAGUGGCUUCCAUCCAAUCACGUCCAUUUCUGUAGUUUCCUGCGAGCUGAAGACGAGGGACAGACUCCGUCUCUCUGAUGGCUCAGACGUUUUCUUUUCCUGGUUUUGUUUUGUUUUUUUUAAUGAAAUGUUUCCACUUGUCUUGUUUUGACUGCCAUGUAAUGUCUGAUCAUUCCAAUCCUUAAAUAAACAAAAAGUUGACAAUGAA